AUGGACCCAGGUCUCCAGCAGGCACUCCACCGAGUAGCCCCUUCUCAGGACACAGCCAUGCAUGUGCCAGCAGGCUCCGUCACCGGCCACUUGGGAUCCACUAGCCGCAAUUAUGUCUGUUUCACCACAGCCACGCUGGCUUUGUGUCUCGUCUUCGCUAUGGCCACCAUUAUGGUGAUGGUAGUUCAGAGGACGGACUUAGUUCUGAACUCACCAGACAAUUUCCCUCUGAAAGGAGGAAAUUGCUCAGAAGACAUCCUGUGUAUCCUGAAAAGGGCGCCAUUCAAUAAGUCAUGGGCUUAUCUCCAAGUGUCAAAGCAUAUAAACAAAACCAAAUUGUCUUGGAACAAAGAUGGCAUUAUCCAUGGAGUUGGGUACCAGGAUGGGAAUCUAGUGAUCCAGUCCUCAGGUUUAUACUUCAUCAUCUGCCAACUACAGUUUCUCGUGAAAUGCCCAGAACAUCCUGUCGACCUGAAGUUGGAGCUUCUCAUCAACAAUGAGGUCAAAAAGCAGACACUGGUGACAGUGUGCGAGUCUGGAGUGGAAAGCAAAAACAUCUACAAGAACCUCUCUCAGUUCUUGCUAGAGCACCUACAGGUCAACAACACCAUAUCAGUCAAAGUGGAUAAAUUCCAGUAUGUGGAUACAGAAACCUUUCCUCUUGAGAAUGUGUUGUCCAUCUUCUUUUACAGUAAUUCAGACUGA